AUGUUAAAGACUUCGAUUCCAAAAAGAAUAAUGUCUACAUCAACAAAUGAGUGGCCAGCUGCCAAGGUGAGAUCUACAUUUUUGGAUUUGUUUAAGCAGAAGGACCAUAAGUUUGUCCCUUCAUCGUCUGUUGUUCCUCAUAAUGACCCAACCUUGUUGUUCGCCAAUGCAGGUAUGAACCAAUAUAAGCCAAUCUUCUUAGGCACUGUGGAACCAGGUUCGGAUUUUGUUUCUCUAAAGAGAGCGGUUAAUUCACAGAAGUGUAUACGUGCAGGUGGUAAGCAUAAUGAUUUAGAAGACGUCGGUAGAGACUCCUAUCAUCACACAUUUUUUGAGAUGUUAGGAAAUUGGUCUUUUGGAGACUAUUUCAAAAAAGAGGCUAUAGCUUGGGCAUGGGAACUUUUAACGGAAGUAUAUAAACUAGAUAAAGAUAGAUUUUAUGCCACCUAUUUCGGAGGCGACGAGAAACUAGGAUUAGAACCGGAUUUGGAAGCUAAACAGUAUUGGAUUGAUGUCGGAGUCCCAGAAGACCACAUUUUACCAGGAUCUGCGAAAGAUAACUUCUGGGAAAUGGGAGACCAAGGACCUUGUGGACCGUGCUCUGAAAUCCAUUACGAUAGAAUUGGAGGAAGAAAUGCUUCAAGCUUGGUUAACAUGGAUGAUCCAAAUGUCUUAGAAGUAUGGAAUAUUGUCUUCAUUCAAUACAACAGGGAACCAGAUGGGACCUUAAGACCCCUUCCAUCUAAGCAUAUUGAUACUGGAUUGGGAUUCGAAAGAUUAGUCUCUAUUUUGCAAGAUAAAUCUUCCAAUUAUGAUACUGAUGUCUUUCAGCCACUUUUUGAUCAAAUCCGUGAAAUUACUGGGGUGAGACCUUACACAGGUAAAUUUGGAAGCGAAGAUAAAGAUGGAAUUGAUACUGCUUACAGAGUCAUUGCUGAUCAUGUUAGAACUUUGACCUUUGCCAUAACUGACGGCGGCAUUCCAAAUAAUGAAGGAAGAGGUUAUGUUUUGAGAAGAGUUUUGAGACGCGGAGCACGUUAUGUGCGUAAAUAUAUGAACUACCCUAUUGGUUCAUUCUUCCAACAAUUGGUACCAACUGUCAUUGAGCAGAGUUCUGAAAUUUUUCCUGAGAUUGCUCAAAACCAGCAAGAUUUAAAGGAGAUUUUAAACGAAGAAGAAUUGUCCUUCGCAAAAACUUUGGAUAGAGGCGAGAAAUUAUUCGAGCAAUAUGCUAUUAUUGCGUCUAAAACGCCCGAGCAAACAUUAUCAGGUAAGGAUGUAUGGAGGCUCUAUGAUACCUAUGGUUUCCCGGUAGAUUUGACAAGACUAAUGGCCGAAGAAGCUGGUUUAAAGAUCGACGAGGAUGGAUUCGAAAAAGCUAAAGAGGAGGCAAGAGAAGCUUCCAAAGCAGGAGGCAAUAAAAGUAGUGCCACUUUAGUCAAAUUGGAUGUUCAUGCUUUAUCUAAAUUGGAUGAAAACGAAAAGAUUCAGAAGACAGAUGAUUCCUUUAAAUACGGAUUGGAGAAUAUUAAAUCUCGUAUUUUAGCUAUUUACGAUGGGAAGUCAUUUGUUGAUUCGAUUGAUGAGUCUAUUGACACUGAAGUUGGAAUUAUUUUGGAUAAAACGCCUUUCUAUGCUGAAUCAGGUGGACAGCAAUAUGAUAAGGGUAAGUUAGUUAUCGAUGGAAAGGCAGAAUUCAAUGUCGAAAACGUGCAGUCUUAUGGUGGAUAUGUUUUGCACACGGGAAUAUUGUUAGAGGGCAGUUUGUCGUUAGAUAACGAAGUCAUCGCUUCUUACGACGAAUUGAGGAGAUGGCCAAUUAGAAAUAACCAUACUGGUACUCACAUAUUGAAUUUUGCGUUAAGGGAGGUCUUGGGAGAUGGCGUUGACCAAAAGGGGUCUUUGGUUGCACCUGAGAAAUUAAGAUUUGAUUUCAGCCACAAGCAGGCUUUACUGCCCGAAGAGCUUUCGAAAGUUGAAAAAAUUUCGAAUGAUUACAUUGAAGCCGACAAGAAGAUAUAUGCAAAGGAAGUAGCUUUAGCUACGGCAAAAAAGAUCUAUGGCUUGAGGGCUGUCUUUGGGGAAACGUAUCCAGAUCCAGUAAGAGUUGUUUCAAUUGGCGAACCGGUCGAUGAUUUGAUAUCAGUACCCGAGGAGAAGUCAUGGCAUGGUUUUUCGAUUGAACUCUGUGGUGGUACUCAUGUCAAUAAAACUGGUGACAUUAAGAAUUUGGUAAUAAUUGAAGAGUCUGGAAUUGCAAAAGGAAUCAGGAGAAUUGUUGCCGUCACAGGAACCGAGGCGCAUCAUGUUCAGCAUCUUGCUAAAGAGUUUGGGGCUGAAAUAGAGAAGACAACUGAAUUACCUUUUGGUCUGUACAAAGAAUCAAAGACGAAGGAAUUGGGAGUUGCUCUCAAGAAGUUGUCGAUAUCUGUUUUGGAUAAACAAGCAUUAACUUCGAAGUUCAAUGCGUUAGAUAAAUCGAUAAAGGAUGAAAUUAAAUCUAAGCAAAAAGAAGAAUCGAAGAAAACGCUUGAAAUCGUGAAUAAAUGGCUCUCUGAAGAGAGGUCACCACAAUAUCUUGUUACAAAGGUUCCGAUAAGUGCUAAUGCCAAAGCAAUAACUGAUGCCAUUAACUUAUUAAAGAAACAACAUAAAGAGAAAUCUCUUUACUUAAUUGCGGGAUCGGAUAAGGUUGCACAUGGCUGUUACGUUUCCGAUGAAGCUAUCUCUAAAGGCAUUAAUGCUACAGAGUUAGGAAAGAUAGCAUCCAUCAAUGUAGGAGGUAAAGCUGGUGGCAAGGGUAAUGUUGUGCAAGGUAUGGGAGACAAACCUGAAGGUGUUCAAUCUGCUAUCGAAGAAAUUACCAAAGUUUUUGCGCAAGCAUACAAGGACUAG